AUGGAAGAUCAAAAUCAUCACAGUUCCAAAUGUGUAACAAAAGUGAGAGAAUUUCCCGAAGUUGAAUUGAAUCAUAAUUCUAGGUCUGUGAUUAAUGAAGAACCACCACAUGGUCGUAGACGAGUAAAACCAUCAGCAGAAAUUGAAAGGAUUAGAAGAGAAAAAGAAGCAAAUAAAAUCAAAGAAUAUAAUGAAUUAGUAAAGAAAUGCUUUGAUAAGAGAGAUAAAUUAGAAUAUGAUCAAGAUGCAAUAAAUAUAACAACUAUGAUCUUAUCACAAAAUCCAGAUUUUUAUAGCAUUUGGAAUUUUAGAAGAACAAUAUUUACAAAUGAAGAAAUACAAAAACAUUUAGAAUCAGAGUUAGGAUUCUUACAAGAAAUCUUUCAAUUAAAUCCAAAAUCUUACUGGAUAUUUAAUCAUCGUAGAUGGUGUCUUGAAACAAUGUCAAAUCCUAAUUGGGAGAGAGAGUUGAAAAUUGUUGUUCAUGGAUGGGAUUAUAGAAGAUACGUCACAUCAAAAUUAUCAUCUACAGUUGAUGAUUCCAAGUCAAUCAUCGAAUCAGAAUUUGAUUUUACCACAGUGAAAAUAAAUCAAAAUUUUUCCAAUUACUCAGCAUGGCAUCAGAGAAGCAAGCUUUUACCACUUUUGAUUGAAGAAAGGAAUUACAAUUCAGAAGAAAUCAAAACAUUUAUUGAUAAAGAAUUUGAUCUGGUCAAGUCAGCAUUUUAUACAGAUCCAGAUGACCAAAGUGCUUGGUUAUAUUAUUGGUGGUUGGUUGGCGGAGAAAUUAAGACUACUUCAAGUUUUGAUGGGUGUUUACAAACCUUAGCAAAUUUUUUACGUGAAUUAAAGUGUAUUUCAAAUAUGAAUUCAGAAGAAUCACAUAAUAAUGAUACUGAAAUAAUAAAUAUAUGUGAUAAAUUGAUAUCUAUUGAUAGUCUUAGAGAGAAAAGAUUUCAAGAUUUACGAUCAAAAGUAAAAUAA